CGAAAAUAUUUUUUUUGAAAAAAAUUGAAAAAUGUUUCGUUUGGCGAAAAAAUUAUUUCCUGCUGUUUCGAAAAACUUAGCGAGACACACUGGACAGAGUAAUAAAUGCGUCGUAUUGUUAUUACAACACCAAAAGUGUCUCUCAAAUACAGUUGACAUUGAUAAAUACAGCUUAAAACAUGAAGAAUAUGGUCGGCCAUUAUAUUUUGACGCACAAGCGACUACUCCAGUGGACCCAAGAGUGCUUGAUGCUAUGCUGCCAUAUCUAGUCAGUUACCAUGGUAACCCACACUCUCGAACUCAUGCCUAUGGUUGGGAGAGUGAAGCAGCAGUGGAGAAGGCUAGGGAACAAGUUGCCAGCAUCAUUAAUGCUGACCCAAAGGAAAUUAUAUUUACAUCUGGGGCCACAGAGUCAAACAACAUUUCUAUCAAAGGAGUUGCACGGUUCUAUGCACCUAGAAAAAAACAUGUAGUGACUACACAAAUUGAGCACAAAUGUGUAUUAGACUCGUGCCGAGCUUUGGAAGGAGAAGGCUUCAAAAUAACAUACUUACCUGUUGGAUCUAAUGGAUUAAUCAGUUUGACGGAGUUGGAAAAGGUUUUGACACCUGAGACUAGUUUGGUUUCUAUUAUGACUGUCAAUAAUGAAAUAGGCGUUAAGCAGCCUAUCGCAGAAAUUGGCGCGUUAUGUAAAAGCAGAAAGAUAUUUUUCCACACUGAUGCAGCACAAGCUGUAGGGAAGAUACCAUUAGAUGUUAAUGGUAUGAACAUCGACUUGAUGUCAAUUUCUGGUCACAAAAUAUAUGGACCUAAAGGUAUUGGCGCGUUAUAUAUUAGAAGGAGGCCGCGAGUACGUGUGGAACCAAUUCAGAGUGGUGGCGGCCAAGAGAGAGGCAUGAGAAGUGGUACAGUGCCUACACCACUUGUUGUAGGAUUGGGUGCCGCUUGCGAGAUAGCUGAACGUGAAAUGGCCUAUGACCAUGCAUGGAUAGAGAAAUUGUCACAAAGAUUUUUAAACAAGAUCUACUCAAGACUCAAACAUGUCAUAAGGAAUGGUGACCCUGAACAAACAUACCUUGGAUGCAUCAACUUAUCAUUUGCUUAUGUUGAAGGUGAAUCCCUACUGAUGUCGCUAAAAGACGUUGCAUUGUCGAGUGGUUCAGCUUGCACUUCUGCUUCACUAGAGCCGUCAUACGUGCUGAGAGCCAUUGGCACUGAUGAAGAUUUAGCUCACAGUUCAAUAAGAUUUGGCUUGGGUAGAUUUACAACAAUUGAGGAAGUGGAUUACACAGCUGAAAAAACAAUUCGUCAUGUUGAACGUCUUCGUGAAAUGAGCCCUCUAUGGGAAAUGGUACAAGAAGGUGUAGACAUCAAAACUAUCCAAUGGUCUCAACAUUAAAACGGUCACGCCUUUACACUAAAAAUGUAAAUACAUUUUGUUUGUAAUAUCCUUUUAUGCAGGUCAUAUUCACUGAAGGUCAUAUAGACGCACAUUUUUCGUUCUCGCAAAAAAUUCAAUUUUGCUGAAUUGACUACAGUAGACGUUCGAUUGGUCAAAAAAAUUUUAAUUGAUAAAUGGAUAUGUAAAUUAAAGAACCAUUUUAAAGUACAGGUUUGAUAAACAAAAUAUUUAAAUUAUUAAUUUUAUGGUCACGACACAUUUUUUACAUUAGUUGCUGGCAUUGAAAUCAACCAGGAAGGAUAAAAAAUGUUAUUUUGCUAGAAUCAAUAAGUUAACUUCUAGUACAUGUAAAUACAUAUUGUACCGACCCCACCUAGCAUGGGAUAAGGAUAGGAAGAAGAAGAAGACAUGUAAAUAUAACGUAAUUACUUCAGUAAAAAAAAAGUAAUUCAAACAUAUUAACUAGAGCUUUGCUCAAUAAUUAUUAUUUAAUGUGCUCAUGGCGAAUCCGGAGCCUAAAUUGUUGGUGGGCUUGUGAAAGUGAAUUGUGCCCUUUUACAUAAACAAUUUGUGUUUGAACAAAAAUACUUGUCUUGAAGAUCUGGAAUUGAAUAAUUGUUUAAAU